AAGGAAGAAGAAACUUCAAGAGAUGUAGUAGUAGAGAGAGAUGAUUACCUGAAAAACAGAAAUGAAUUGGUCGAGCUGACCAAAACUCCUCUCAUGAGAGCAUUUGUUGAAGCCCAGGAUCCUUCCUCCAAGCUAAUCAUCCUCAACGGCAACUAGCUAUAUAGCACUGUCAAGGUCUCAGUUUUCGUUUUUGUGAGAGAGAGGAAAAAAAAAAAAACCAUGGAUUCUGAUAUAAUACCCGAGUUGGAGUCCAAGAAAACCAUGAAAGAUGAAGCAGAAAAAGUGGUACCAAGGGUAAAUAGAAACGACGAGAUGAAAAGCAGCACUCAAGAAAUGGAGGAGAUGAGAAGAAUUCGUCUUAUGAGAGCAUUUGUUGAAGCAAAAGAUCCUUUCUCCAAGGUAGUGGAUGAUCUGAUGUUAAGAAGGUUCCUACGUGCUCGUGAUUUAGAUGUAGAGCAGGCAUCAGCCAUGUUCCUGAAGUACUUGAAAUGGAGACAAGCUUUUGCUCCUAAUGGUUCAAUUUCUGCUUCAGAAGUACCAAAUCAAAUUGCACAGAACAAGCUGUUUCUACAGGGAUCAGACAAGAGAGGAUGUCCAAUAGCAGUUCUGCUAGGUGCUAGACAUUUUCAAGUCAAAGGGGGCCUCAAGGAGUUCAAGCGUUAUGUUGUCUAUGCUUUCGACAAGAUAUGUGCAAGGAUGCCACCAGGACAGGAGAAGUUUAUCUUCAUCGGUGAUCUUGAGGGUUGGGGAUAUUCAAACAGUGACAUCCGAGCAUACUUAGGAGCUGUAUCCAUUUUGCAGGACUACUAUCCAGAAAGAUUAGGGAAGAUGUUCGUUGUCCAUGUGCCUUUUGUGUUUAUGACAGUUUGGAAAAUCAUUUGCCCUUUCAUUGACAACAAAACUAAGGAGAAGAUAGUAUUUGUUGAGAACAAAAUGCUAAAAUCAACUCUGCUUGAAGAGAUUGAUGAAAGCCAACUUCCUGAAAAAUAUGGAGGCAAACUGACAUUGGUUCCUAUUUAGGAUGCGCACACUGAUUACCAUGCCAAGAGGAAAAAGUAAACAAGUCAUGACAAAAUCUCAUCUGUCUCCAUAAAUCUUUGUAUUGCAAGGAUUGACAUGAUUAAGUAUUCAAAAUAAUGGAUAAGACCCCUUACUCAUAUUAUGAAUGCAUGAACUUUUCCUACAUUGUUUACUGGACCAUAUAUAUGUAUGAUUUAAGCUUCAGAUAUGGAAAUAAACAUAUAAGUAUUCAAAAUAAUGGAUCCCCUUACUCA